AUGCAACUCUCAACCCUUCUCGCCAUCGUGGCAGUCAGCGCUGCCAGCCUGGCCUCGGCAGCCCCCAUCAACAACGAGGUCGGCUCAAGGUUGCACAGCGUCUCUCGGCGAGGAGGCUGUCUGGGCUGUGGGUGGGAAUCCUCGCAGCUUUCGAAAAGGUAUUCCGGCGGCGGCCCUGACCUCGACGAAAGUCACCAUGUUCAAAAGCGAAGCAGCCAAAAAAAGAGCGGCUCGGCGAAUCCGCUCCUCGACAUGGCGGCAGGGGUGCCCAGCUCGUCGUCGUCGUCCAAGAAGAAGAAGAAGUCCAAGCCGGUUCCCAAGGUUAACAACAAACCCCUUCAAGAGAGCAAGCCGGCGCCGUACAGACCGAGCAGCUGGACGGCCCCCGGAAAAUCUCCAUUGGGUGAAAACCCAUCCGGACAGUGA